CCCGGCCGCCGAGCCGGAGCGGGAAACCUAACCCGCUUAAGGUUCAGUCCUUUUAACCCAUCGGGCGUCGGACCUGGGGCAGGGCCAGGGUCAGGGGUUCAAGAUGUUGAACGUCCCUUCCCAGUCGUUCCCGGCCCCUCGCUCUCAGCAGCGCGUCGCCGCCGGGGGGCGUAGCAAGGUUCCUUUGAAACAGGGCAGAAGUCUCAUGGAUUGGAUCCGACUGACCAAAAGUGGAAAGGACCUGGCGGGACUGAAAGGAAGGUUAAUUGAUGUAACUGAAGAGGAACUUCAAAAACAUAACCAAAAAAAUGAUUGUUGGAUAUGCAUAAGAGGACUUGUUUAUAAUGUCAGUCCGUAUAUGGAGUAUCAUCCUGGAGGAGAAGAUGAGUUAAUGAGAGCAGCAGGAUCGGAUGGUACUGAUCUUUUUGAUCAGGUGCAUCGUUGGGUCAAUUAUGAAUCCAUGUUGAAGGAAUGCCUGGUUGGCAGAAUGGCAGUUAAGCCCACUCUUUCUAAAGACUAUCGCGAGGAAAACAAAGUCAUAAAUGGCAUUCUUCCUAAGAGCCAAGUGACAGAUACAUUUGCCAAAGAAGGCCCUAGUUCUCUAAGCUUUGACUGGUUCCAGACAGACACUUUGGUCACCAUUGUGAUAUAUACUAAACAGAAGGAUAUCAAUUUGGACUCAGUAAUCGUGGAUCAUCAAGAUGAUUCUUUUCGAGCAGAAACCAUUAUCAAGGGUUAUUCGUACCUCAUACAUCUUGUACGAGUUAUUGAAAAUGUGGGAAAGAUAGAGAUUAUCUUGAGGAAAAGGGAGAAUACUUUCUGGAAAUGUCUUGGUCAACCCCUGGAGAGUCAUCAUUCAUUCAUUCCAAAGAAAGAUAGAGGUUUGUUCUAUAGAAAGUGCCAGUUAAUUGCCAAGAAAGAUAUUACUCAUGAUACUAAACUGUUCGGCUUGAUGCUACCACCAAGCACUCAUCUGCAGGUGCCAACGGGGCAACAUGUUUACCUCAAGCUAACUAUUACAGGUACAGAAAUCGUGAAGCCAUACACACCUGUAUCUGACUCCUUACUCACAGAGGCCCAGGAACCAGCUCGUAGCAAUAAUAAAUACAUCUACUUUUUGAUCAAAAUCUAUCCUGCUGGACUCUUCACACCACAGCUUGAUCAGCUUCAGACUGGAGAUAAUAUUUCCGUAAGCAAUCCUGAAGGCAAUUUUCAAAAAUCCCAGAUGGAAGAAUUAGAAGAUCUCUUUUUAUUGGCAGCUGGAACUGGCUUCACACCAAUGGUUAAAAUACUGAAUUAUGCAUUGACUAGUAUAUCCAGUCUCAGGUAAUGUAAUUUCAUCUGUUACUAUCCUUUAGAGGCUAUUAGAUACUGGAGAGCCAGACUUCGCCCCCCCAUGUUCCUGUCCUCUAGAUUUGAUGUUGAAUUUGUUCUGUCAGAACCUCCUUCUGAAUGGAAUGGCAAACAAGGAUACAUUUCACCAGCUCUUCUUUCUGAGUUUUUUAUAAGAAGCUCAGACAAAUCCAAGGUCCUCGUCUGCAUUUGUGGGCCAGCACCAUUUACAGAACAAGGGAUCAGGUUGCUGCAUGAUCUUAACUUUUCCAAAGAUGAGAUUCAUAGUUUCACAGCAUAAUGGAGAACUGUCUUUGUCCUUAUUCAACUGAUUUAGUAAAUUUGUGAUAGUUUAGGGUUUUUUAAGAGAACAGUUUUGUAUGUGUAAAACGGCUAUCUAAGAUCCAGGCUUCUGGUUCUUAAAUGAAAUCAAAUGUUUCCUGAGUAUAGAUAACUUGUGCUUUAUUUUGUACCAUAACUUAUUUUACUACUACUGAUAAUUGACCUGGAAAGUCAUUGAUGGCAACAAAUAUAUAUAGGAUUCUUUGUUACGAAUCACAAAUUUCUUUAGCAUUUAAACUGCCUGUAUCACUCUUCUGAAAUAGGCACUUGUGUUUUAUGACAUAAUUAAGUAAAUGGUCACUUAGAUCACAUUUCUAUGCUGUAAAAUGUCUAAUUAGCAAUACAGAUAAAUUUUACAUUGCACUGUUAACUCAGGAAAUGGUCACUAUAUCCUUGUUAUUUAAUAUUAAAACAUGAAUGUUAAUGAUUU